UAGAUCGUCGUCAUAAAUUAACAUUUCAAACAACAAAAAAAUAAUAAUAAAUCAUCCCCCUUGAUAAACCCUUUAUUAAUUUUCUUUUUUAAUUUAUCUUUUCCUUCCUUGGAUCAUCGUCCUGGUUCUCAGAUCCUCAAAUCGAGAAGAACCAUUCAGUGAGUUUUGUUGUUAUUGGAGAAGAAGGGAAGGGAGUAAGGUCUAAUCAAGAUGGUGAAGAUGACAUUGAUAGCUCGUGUUACCGACGGCUUGCCUCUAGCCGAAGGUCUUGACGAUGGACGUGACUUACCAGAUUCCGACAUGUACAAGCAACAGGUCAAGGCCUUGUUUAAGAAUCUCUCCAGAGGUCACAACGAAGCUUCGAGAAUGUCCGUUGAGACUGGUCCCUAUGUUUUCCAUUACAUCAUAGAAGGACGUGUUUGCUACUUGACGAUGUGUGACCGCUCUUACCCUAAGAAACUGGCUUUCCAGUACCUGGAAGACCUCAGGAACGAGUUUGAACGUGUUAAUGGGCCUAACAUUGAGACAGCUGCUCGACCUUAUGCCUUUAUUAAGUUUGAUACUUUCAUACAGAAAACGAAGAAACUGUACCAAGACACUCGUACGCAACGGAAUAUCUCUAAGCUGAACGAUGAACUCUAUGAGGUUCAUCAGAUAAUGACGAGGAAUGUGCAGGAAGUCCUAGGUGUUGGUGAAAAGCUGGACCAGGUGAGCGAGAUGUCGAGCCGACUAACAUCUGAAUCUCGUAUAUAUGCUGACAAGGCUAAAGAUUUGAACCGUCAGGCUUUGAUCAGGAAGUGGGCACCAGUUGCCAUCGUGCUUGGAGUCGUGUUCCUUCUUUUCUGGGUCAAGAACAAGCUUUGGUAAGAAAGGAGGAACCUGAGGCUAGACUUCUCCAGACAUAUAUCGACCGGCACCAAAAAAUAUCUUGUUUUUUUUUUUUUUGAAAGUGAGACAUUGACACACAUUUUGUAGUAAUGCAAACUUUAUGAGACUAGUCAUAUGAAUCAUCCCAUCAAUACACUUUUUAAACCUUUGAUUUUCA